UGUUUUCAAACCUCUAUGUUUCCGAACUUCUAUGUUUCCAAGUUUCUAUGUUUCCAAGUUUCUAUGCUUCAUUCAUACUCAUACAGUAUAUAGCUAGCUUAUUAGAAUAGCCAAUUUGUUCAUUGAGAAAGUUAUGGCAGUAGUUGAAGAAAAAGGUCAAGAGAAGCACACUGAAGAUGGCACAGUAGACCUACAAGGUAGACCUAUUUUAAGAUCAAAAUCUGGAAGAUGGAAAGCAUGCUCUUUUAUAGUAGUGUACGAAAUAUUUGAGAGAAUGGCUUAUUUUGGGAUAUCGACAAAUUUAGUAGUGUAUCUUACAAACAAGCUUCAUGAGGGUACUGUGGAAUCUUCAAACAACGUUAGCAAUUGGUCGGGUUCAGUAUGGUUGAUGCCAAUUGCAGGAGCUUACGUGGCCGAUGCCUGUCUUGGUCGAUAUUGGACCUUUGUAAUUUCAUCAUGCAUUUACCUCAUGGGUAUGUGUUUAUUGACUCUAGCAGUUUCACUACCAUCAUUGAGACCACCACAAUGUGCACAAGGUAUCCUAGACCAAGAUUGCCCUAAGGCAUCACCAUUGCAAAAAGGUAUAUUUUUCCUUGCCUUGUACAUCAUUUCCAUAGGCACAGGUGGAACCAAGCCAAACAUAUCUACUCUUGGAGCAGACCAAUUUGAUGAGUUUGAUACCAAAGAGAGAUUCUAUAAACUCUCUUUUUUCAAUUGGUGGGUUUUUAGCAUUAUGAUUGGUGUCCUUUUCUCCAGCACUUUUUUGGUUUACAUACAAGACAACGUUGGCUGGGCCCUCGGAUACGGGCUUCCGACCAUCGGGCUCGUUAUUUCGGUAACAAUAUUUUUGGUAGGGACGCCGUUUUAUAGGCACAGACUUCCCUCAGGUAGCCCUAUAACUAAAAUGCUUCAAGUCUUUGUGGCUGCUAUGAGAAAUUGGAAAACACAUGUUCCGAACGAUCCUAACGAGCUACAUGAGCUAAGUACGGAAGAGUAUGCAUGUAGCUACAGAAACAAAAUUGAUCACACAUUCUUCUUGAGAAUUCUUGAUAGAGCAGCGGUAAAAACUGGCGAGACUUCACCGUGGAUGCUUUGUACAGUGACACAAGUUGAGGAAACGAAGCAAAUGAUAAAAAUGAUUCCUAUUUUGAUUUUAACAAUUAUUCCAAAUACUAUGGUAACGCAAUCAUUCACACUCUUUAUUAAACAAGGCAUCACGCUAGAUAGGAGAAUCGGACAUAAUUUCGAAAUCCCACCAUCAAGUCUCGUAACAUUUAUAGUUAUCUUUAUGUUGAUAAGCAUUGUAAUCUAUGAUCGUGUUUUCGUACCAAUGAUCCGGCGCUACACGAAGAAUCCUAGAGGAAUCACAAUCCUACAAAGACUAGGAAUCGGCCUCAUGUUGCAUGUAAUCAUGAUAGUAACUGCAUGCUUGGUUGAGAGGAAGAGACUCAGUGUUGCAAGAGAAAACAACCUCUUAGGCUUGCAUGAUAAGCUUCCUCUUACUAUUUUCAUUCUUCUCCCGCAAUAUGCUUUGACAGGGAUUGCUGAAAGCUUUGUAGAGAAUUCUAAAAUGGAUUUUUUCUAUGAUCAAGCACCACAGAGCAUGAAAAGUCUUGGAACAUCGUAUACCACAACGAGUUUGGGUUUAGGAAAUUUUCUAAGUACUUUUCUUCUUUCAGUUGUUGCUGAUAUCACCCAAAGACAUGGCUCUGAAGGUUGGGUUUUGGAUAACCUGAACAUAUCCCGUUUGGAUUAUUAUUAUGCAUUCUUGGUGGUACUAAGCUUACUCAACUUCCUUUGCUUUCUAGUUGUUUCGAGGUUAUAUGUAUAUAAUGUUGAUGUAAGACAAAACAAAUCAUGCUUGGAGAUGAACCCUGUAAAUUCAUCUCAGGACAACUCUAGAAUAAGCCAAAGCACUACACAAUACAUUUCUAAGUCUUAGGGGAAAUAGGAAUUUUUUUUGUGUUGAAAUUUCUCUUUGGAAGUGUUUUUUGUUUGGAACUGUGCAUGCUGUGGAAAUCACUGCAGGCCCAAAUGAAGUUAGAUUUUGUUGUGUUUAGUUCUACCAAGUAACUGUAUGUUUCUUUCAGAUUUCUACUAUUUAAAGGUUAUCACAUUUCAUCUCAA